CAAUCCGAUUCAGGUGAGGGCGUCAAUUUUUGACUGCACCUGCAGUUUCCCCCUGAAGUGACACAUUACGUUACAACACCAUAGACAAAUCAAAAUAGUUUUCCUUCUGUUUGACAAUUUGGAGUCACAGGAAUCCUUUCAGCAAGAGUCGGCUGGAGCCAGCAGUCUGCCGGUGCUUGAGGACGAACUCCCUUCUUCCUCCUGUCCGGGCCGUGGCUGCCCAAUCUACCCCCCAAUUCAUCAGCAUGACAAAACACUGGGGGGGUCAGAGCUUGCUGGCACCACCCGCAAUCACGUACCUGCCCAGUCGUAGCUUCGGGGCGCAACACGACCAUCACCUUGACUUCGCUUCGGACGCGCAGGAGAGCAAUGCGCACCCGGCCUGUCCUCCUCCUCCGUCCAUCGUAGCGCGGAGCACCCCGGCCCCGCGCUGGAACGGCAAUCCCAGCCCCUGGCCGGCGCAGGACCCUUCCUGGCAAGAGAGGCCCACCACAGCUGUACCAGUCGCCUGUGGCACCGCGUACAUGGACUCAGAGAUGCCGCGGGACCACAGUCGUAAACCCGCCCAGUUCUGCCCGGCAGCGCCGCGAGGCCAGGACCAGCCGAUCAAGCAGCAACGCAGCGAACACCCGGAUCCUUGGGACCAAGAGGCAAACUCCAAAGGCAGCAGGAAAAAGAACUAUCAGCGGUACCCCAAGCCCCCGUACUCAUACCUAGCGAUGAUUGCUAUGGUCAUCCAGAAUUCACCCGAGAAGAAGCUAACCCUCUCUCAGAUCCUGAAGGAGAUCAGCACCCUCUUUCCGUUUUUCAAGGGGAACUACAAGGGCUGGAGGGACUCUGUUCGGCACAACCUCUCCUCGUACGACUGCUUCGUCAAGGUGCUGAAGGACCCUGGGAAGCCGCAGGGGAAAGGGAACUUCUGGGUGGUGGAGCUGAGCCGCGUGCCCCUGGAGCUGCUGAAGAGGCAGAACACGGCCGUGUCGCGGCAGGACGAGACCGUCUUCGCCCAGGACCUGGCCCCCUACAUCCUGCAGGGCCACGCCCACAAGCCCCCGGAGGCGGGGGGCGACGCCAUCCCCGCCCUCCCCCGGCCCCCCGCGCCGGCCCCGCCCCCCGCGUGCGGCCCACCCCCGCCGGAGGACCCGUACCGGCCCAAGCUGGACUCCUCCUUCGCCAUCGACUCGCUCCUGCACAGCCUGCGCCCCGCCAGCGCCGCGGGGGAGGGGGAGCGGUCCCGGGACCCCUGGGGAGAGCACCACCCCUGCCCCCAAACCCGCCCCCACCCGCGGGCGGAGCUCUCGCCCCCGGCCCCCGCACACCCGCGGUGCUCUUCCUCGUUCGCCCGCAGAGCCUCCGCCAGCUCGGCCAGCCCCGCGUCUUCCUCCUCCUCCUCCUCCUCCUCGUCCUCGGACGAAGACUGGAGGGGCGGGAAACGCGGGCCCCCGGGGGGACCCGGUACGGGCGGGUUCGAGGACUGCCGCCCGCCCCCCCACAAGGCCUCGAGGAGGAGCGCCGCCCCCCCCUGGGAGCUGCCCACCUCCUACGCCAAAUACGCCCCGCCCAACGUGGUGGCCCCCCCGAGCAUGCGCUUCGGCGGGGGGCCGUCCUUCCUGCCCCUGGGGGGGCUGCCCUUCUACAGCUACCGGGGCCCCCCGGCCGGCGGCGGCGGCCAUUUUAUGAGCCACGCCUACUGGCCCCUCCUCCCCGGGGGGCGUGUCCCUCUGCAGGCCCCGCCCCUGCUGAUGGACCUGGACAGCCUGCUGCAGUCCGUGCCGCCCAACAAGAGUGUGUUUGACGUUCUGGGACCCAGCCAGUCCCCGCACCCCCCGCAGGGGCAGUAUGGCCUGCAGAGUGCCCCGCCUCUCACCCGAUACCCCCAAUAUUAAUUCUCUAUCGCCCCCACCUUCCCACCCCCCCUUCCACUUACACGCUCCCAUUUGUCGUAACUCAGGCUUAGAA